UUGUUUUUAGUGUUUUUUACACUUUACAGAGGUGUUGAAGCAGAUCGGAAUUAUCCGUUUCAUUUACAAACCGAAUUUUCACAUAUCAUCUGUUGUGUUGUGCCAUGUGUUAGCCCAUUCACACCGUACGGUUUGGCCCCAUUCACUCGUAUUGGUGAUGGGAGCAUGGAUUUGGCGCUAAUUCCACGAAUUUCACGUUGCGCAAAUUUGUCAUUCAUUCGAAAAGUUGCAAUGAGCGGACCAAAAAGUGUCUUAUCAAUGGGCAAUAAACUCAAUGUAUUCCGUGUUGCACGAUGGGCAUUCACACCGGCUUCACUGCUCGAAAAUCCCAACAAAUAUUACCGCAACCAAAAGAUGCAACAUUCCAGUUCAGGUGAGUUUUUUUUGGACAUUGCUAAGUGUUUCCGUAACCUUUUUGCCACGCUGCAUCCUCGACUUAUCAAAUAUUUUGGCCGUGAAGUUGAUUUAAAUGCUCCAGCUGGACGCACCGGUUGCUGUUCCCGGGAUCAUCGGAAACUCUCAAAUAUUGUCCGAAUACCAUUGAGCAGUUCGUAAUC